AAAAAAAACUCCAUCACAUAUGAGUCCCACGCACUCGGUCCUUAUCACACAACUCAUGCCCGAUCAACCAAACACAUAUACACACGUAUAUGUACGUCUAUAUAAAAAAAAAUCCAUGCCUUAAUUACUAAAUAUAGUUACAUGUAGCCAUAUUAAAUAAAAUAAAUUAAUAUUUAGGGCGGAUCACUACAAUUACUGUCACCAAGAACUACAAUUUGACUAACCCCAUCUACAUGGGAAUCUAUUAAUAAAUUCCUUUGACAAAGAUCAUACAAUUUAACUAACCCAAUCCUUUAUUUGUUCUUGAUUCUCCAUACUUCAUGACGAAAGGAGAGAAAAUCAGACUUUUGGAAAAGUUUGUUUACGUGAACGACAUUAAGUUCAUGUCUGGCUUCGGACGGUCUGGUUUUAAGGGAUACUUUAAUAACUCAUUCGCUCGGGUGGUGUGGAAAUUACGCGGAGGAUUUUGGGAUUGGCGAGAUUCUAUUGCUCCAGGCUCAGUUUUAUUGGAUAUUUUUUACGUUAAGAGAAAGGAAGACGUUAAGUACAGUAAGAACUGGGACCAUUACCAUACCGAUGAGGGAUACGAAUUCCUUAGAUUCCUAAGAAAUGUCCUCAUACACUUCAAUGACACUGAACGAAAAAGAGCCUGGGACAACAGGCAACCGGGGAGGAAGGCUCGGACUCAGGAACAAGUUCUGGACAUUAUUCUAUCAGUUUGACCGGGUCUCUUUGAGCUUCCACGAUUAACUAUAUUAGACAUGAGUGUUGAUGUUAAUAUCCGCCAGAUGGGUGCGGUGGACGAACUUCAGAGG